CCGAGAAUUUCGUAGCGCGCGUACUUACUUUUGAAUCCCCCUCCCCCUCCCGCUUGCCCUUGCGUGAUCUUCGCAUUCCGAUUUUAACUUCAUCUCACGCGGAGCGCGAGAAAGAGAGAGAGAGAAGAACGCGAUUCAUCUAUGCACGAUUAAUUCCUCUCUCUCUCUUUCACUUUGCCGUUUCAUAUCCCAGUCGACUCCGUUUUCUCCUUCUCUCUCUCUCUCUCUCUCUCUCUCUCUCUCUUCUAUCAUCAUCGUCGAUCGUUCUAUUUAUCUUCGACUCUCCGGUCUCAUCCCUUCUUUUCCCUUCCUACGCUCCUUCUCACCUCCCUCUCCUUCCCUCCCUCCCUCUCUUCCUCCCUUCCAUCGUUCCGCGUCGCUUUUUGCGAUCUACUGCGCGCGCGUUUACCAGUGGGGAUCGUUUCCUAAAAACGUCAUAGUCGAUUGUGUGCACGAGAGACGCGCGCGUUCUCCCGGAUCGGAGCAAAGACGAGAUAAUAAAUCGGAGUCGAUGAACAGUCGGUCAAGCGGUUAAAAGACUAGAGAGAAUAAAAAAGAAGGAAGGACCUCGGUGACGGUGAGCGUCUCAGGAUCGUCGUCGGGAAAAGCGAAAAAGGAGUCGACGCGAGGAAAAGACAGAGAGACUCGACCAGAAGCUGAGGAUCUCGCGCGUCGCUGGAGAACAAAAAAGGAGAAACGAAACUUUACGGCGGACCGGAGACGACUUUACGACUCUCUCGGAGGAGUGUUGUCGCGCUCGCCCUCGCGCGUUCCCUCUCCUCUCCUCUCUCUUUCCCUCCCUGCCUCACGUACGUACCAAUCCCGCCUCGCACGCUCUCUCGAUUCCUCUACGCGCUAGAGUUUCUUUCCUCCUCUCCUUUCUCUCUCUCCCUCCCUCCCUCUUUCCCCUCUCUCCCACUCCACCGUGUCACCGUCCCCUUCGCCGCGUUCCCGGCUCUUUUCUUUUAACUCUCCUUCGUCAGUACGUCUCCGCCCGUCCGCGCCUGUGUUCUCCCGAAGAGAACGAUUCCGUCCGUACGACACCGCGUCGCACGCACCGUCGUGUGCCCCGUUCGCGCUCACUCUCUCUCUCUUUUUCUCUCUUUUCUUUCUUUCUCUCUCUCUCUCUCUCUCUCUCUAUCUUCGUUGGGUAUUAAGCGUGCCCGCGCGCGCCCAACACGCGCCAACAUUCGCCAUUAAAGCAACCGAGUACAAUUUGCGAUGUGUGAUAAUACUAACACGACGACGCAGAGUAUAGCGGACUACCUGUCACAGUUGUUGAAGGACCGGAAGCAGCUAGCUGCCUUCCCAAAUGUCUUCAUACACGUGGAGCGUCUGCUGGAUGAGGAGAUCGCGAAGGUGCGGGCGAGUCUUUUUCAAAUCAGCGGAGUGAAGAAGGAGCCGCUCGUCUUGCCGGAACCCGAGGGCGACAUCACGACGCUCACAGAGAAGGUCUACGUACCCGUUAAGGAACAUCCAGACUUCAACUUUGUCGGGAGGAUUUUGGGGCCACGAGGCAUGACUGCGAAACAAUUGGAGCAGGAGACAGGAUGUAAAAUCAUGGUUCGCGGGAAAGGGUCGAUGAGGGACAAAAAGAAGGAGGAGCAAAAUCGGGGCAAGCCGAAUUGGGAACACCUGACGGACGAGUUGCACGUGCUGCUCACUGUUGAGGACACCGAGAAUCGUGCCACCUUGAAGCUCGCCCGUGCCGUCGAGGAAGUCAAGAAGCUUCUUGUGCCCGUGCAGGCUGACGGCGAGGAUGAGCUAAAGAAGAGGCAGCUAAUGGAACUCGCCAUUAUCAAUGGGACUUAUCGGGAUUCGAACACAAAGGUUGCCGCCGCAGCAGCCUGCGACGAGGAAUGGCGACGAGUGGCCGCCGCCGCGGCGGAGACGCAACGCUUGUUGCCGGGUCUAGCGUCCCCGAUGCGAACACCGAGCGCUCCUCUGGGCGCCCCGUUGAUCCUCUCGCCGCGGAUAUCCGUACCGACGACCGCCGCGUCCCUGCUGAACGGUUCCGGGCCACCAGGCUCGCUCCUGUCGGCCGGCGAUCCCCAUGGACUCAUCUACACGCCAUACGCGGACUAUGCCAACUACGCCGCUCUGGCAUCGCCGUUGCUCACCGAAUACGCCACUGCUGAUCAUUCUGGCGCAGCGGCGGCCGCUGCCAAGCAGCGUAGACACCUGGGUCAGAUCCGCGAGCACCCUUAUCAAAGGGCCGGCGCUCUCUCGUGAACACACAGAGACAGCGCGAGUAUACAAAGAGAGAGAGAGAGAGAGAGAGAGAGAGAGAAAGAAAAAGAGAGAGAGAGAGAGAGCGAGAAAGAGAGAAAAAGAGAGAGAGAGAAAAAGCACUGUUCUCGCACCAACGCGGAAAGGCUUGGAGUGCUAACAAUGGAUAUCCAAUCGCCCCGUGCUAACACCUGGACUCUGGAACAGCAUCCCGCGUUCGAUCGGUUCACCAACCAGCCGACCACCUUCGCCGUCCGUCCGCGUCACCAGCCCUGUUCGUCAAGCUUAUCCAUCAUCCUGUAUCCUCUUAAUGUUCAGAAAUGUAGUUUCUCUUUCGGCGACGAAUUCGUCGAUUGGAUUCCAAGCCAUUUCUCGUCGUCGUACGACGAACGCACGAUAUAUUAUUAAUUCAUAUAAUAUAUAAUUCAUUCUGCAAAACAUCAGCGUUAUAAAGUGCACUUGCAUAAUAUACAGAUAUUUAAAUAUAUACAUAUAAAAAAAAUUUACAUAUAUAACAUAUACAUAUAUACAUAUAUACAUAUAUAUAUAUAUACAUAUAUAUAUAUAUAUAUAUAUAUAUAUAUAUAUUAUAUAUAUAUUAUUAUAUAUAUUACAUAUUAAUUUAUAUAUGUAUAAUAAUAUAUAUUAUAUAUAUUUAAAUAAUAUAUAUUAUAAUAAUAUAUAUUAUAUAUAUUUAUAUAUGUAUUUCAUUCUCUUAUUCUUUGGGCGAAUAAAUGCGGGACUCUUUUAUUCCGGACUCGUUUUAGACGCAGGUCAAGUACGCGCAGUUCGGUGCAACGGUAGUAAUUAGCGUUAGUUUUUAUUACAAAGACAAUAGUUCGCGAUUAUUUUCGGAUAUUUUUAUCUUUUCUUUUCCCCUCAAAAGAAGGGAAAUGAUAUUGUAACGCGCGAAAUAUUUUAUUUUCUCUCUCUUCUCGCGAUGACAACGAAAUGAAAUGUUGAUGUUCGCGCUUUCCCCAGUACUUACGAUUUCUACGCUGGCAUAUCUCCUUAUCGGAGAUGUGACAGCGCGAGAAUGUGACAAUAUUAAUAAAACUUAAGCGCGAUGAGAUAUAAUACACGCGCGCGUUUUUUUAGAAAUAUAAUCGCUAAGAAGGUGUCGCGCGUAAAAGAAAGAAAAGGUGUGAAUCUGUUUCUUCAACGGAUCGAAGUCUCCGUUAAAGAAAAUUGCAACCGAUAUUCUGUGUCUUCCUCUUUUCUCGUGUGACGCAUCACAAAAAAAGCUCGAAAUUCUGUACUCAACUCUCUUAUAUAAAUGUGCCUUAUAUAAUGUUAAACGUAAUGCGGUUAAAUUGAGCGGCGUUACUUUUUUUUUUAAUUUAGAUAAAGCUUUGUUAAUAUCGAUAGUCUACGUAAUAGCAUUAGAAAUGUGCAAUCAAAAUUUACUUUCUCAUAUACAUAUAUCAAGGGAGAGAGAAGGAUAGGAUAAAGUUAACCAUAAACAACACUUGAAAGUAACUUUUUUUCUAAUGAUCUUUUUCGUUGCAAGCUAAAAGAAGGAUACUGUUAAGAUAUCUGUAUCUUGAAUCGCGAAUAUCCCGAAGAGAAGGCUUUAAAAAUCCGUCAUACGGAUAUAUGAGAGCUACAUGUAUAUAUUGUUUCAGCCAAAAGUAUUAAAGAGAAAUACUAAUCGCAGAGAAUAUUUUAAAAUGUCAAUUGUGCAAUACGUUGAUGAGAAAAGAACAAGACGUCCGUUAUGAGACGUUUCUGAGUGUUGCCAAGAUUUUUGUUGAAUAAAAUUGCAAAUAUUUGAAAAUAUUGCAAGUAUUUGCAACAAUGCACGAUUUUUGAAUCGCAGAAUCAUUGAAUGUAUUUGCAUAUAUAUGUGCACAUAAAUCGAUACCAUCAAAUGAGCAAAACGAUGGAAUAAAAACAGACGAGGUAUCGAUUUGUAGUUGUGCUGCAAAAUUAUUUACAAGAUAUUAUAAUCAUAUGAAUAAACAAAUAUGUAUGUAAUCUCUGUCCGCACGUGCAAGAGUGUUUGCGUGAGAGAGUGAUUUACUUAAUAUUGAUUUUAUCGUUGUGUAUUAGUUGCACCACUUUUAGGUCUGCCAUAUUGUACAUGUAACGAUUAAGAACGAUUUCUCAGAGAGUUGCACGCGUUUAUAAAUCCUAUGUAUAGUCAUCCAUGUGUCAAAUGUUAUACUCGUUCUUUCUCGACAGUUAUUUUUGAAUUUUUAUCCGAAGAAUCCCUCUUAGAUACCAAUAGCUUGGUCCUUUGUGUAUAUAUAUAUAAAUGCUGAAAAAGCAUACAUACACAUAUACAGCUACACAUUAAGAGUGAUCUGAAAUCUACUUAUGUUCACAUAAGUAAAUAUCCGACAUAUUAUUACGUAAAUAAUUGAUUAAUUGAAAUAUUUUGAAUAUUAUUAUCCUUUUUAUUAGAAAGCGCAGAUUACUUGCGCAUUUCGCGAUCGAUUAUAUACAAAAACAGAUAUGUAUACUCUUUAUGUAUAUGCUGUUUAAUAUGUAUGCGUAACAACAUAAAUUAUUAUACAUGUAUACAUAAUGUAUUAUACAUAUGCAUUGAGACUCAGUAGAACAUCCGGAGGAUACGAAUAAAUACAACCGUAAUUUACUUUUGCGUUAAACAUAAUUGCAAUUUAUAUAUAUAUAUAUAUAUAUACUUUUAUUAUUUAAAAACUUUUUCCUUUCAUUAUUUCUAUUAUCAUCGCAAAAGUAAAUCUCGGGGUAAUUUAUUUAUUUACACUCCCCUGUUAUCAUAUUUAUAAAUAUGUAUACAGAUAAGUUAAAUAAGAAAAUAUAUAUGUGCAAGCAAUCUUGUUAGAUCUUAUAUGGCAUGCGAAUUUACAUUUAUUAUUCUAUAGUUAUAUAUAGUUUUUUUUGCCGAAAUUUAUUAUAUGAUAAUUUUUUAGUUUCAUAUUUUAUUUUAAUGUUGAGAUAUGUGCAGGAUAUAUAUGUGGCAAUAUUAAUGUGUAAGUGACAAUGAGAAGCUAAUCUGUUUUCUGAAAUCUCGGAAAGAUCUGAUUAUGUGUGAAUCAUAAUAUACUGUAUGCUACUUACGAAAGAAAAUUUAAAUGGUUUGCAAUAAAAGUGCAAAUAGUUUAUAUGCAAACAUGUAUAAAUAUUAUGAACGGCAAUAAAAAUAUUUUUUCAAUA